AUGGUUCCGCUGGUUCCGGUGGUUGUGGAGAUUCCGCGGUCUGCCGAUCCAUGGUUUAGUAACACCCGUCGCCAUCGUGGUGUUCCUAAAGUCCCCAGUGGCUAUGAAGGAAAUUUAACUGCGUUGUUGAAUGGGUUUACUGCAGUAGAGCAAAAUGUAUCCAGCUCGGCAAGAGAACGAAAACAAAUUGUUCUGCUGAGUAGAACUAGAGGUUUACCGAAGAUAGAUUUCUAGGGUCAUAUAGGUCAUCUGACAUUAAGUGCGCGUUUGCGAGGCUUAUUAUGACGGGUAACAAAACCCUUUGUUUUCUCUAUCUAAUUACUGCAACAAAAGCUGUAGUUUCGCCAAAAACUAUAGUCAAAAUAUUUUUAAAGGUUGAAUGGUUUCAGGAUGAUUAUGGUGAGAAGAGCUGUUCUAUUUAAGGUAACAACUCCACGUUAACUGAUGUUUGCUAGUCAUACCUCAUACUUCCAAUGAGACAAUAUAAAAACAAUAGAACGCCCUUGUAAUACGACUAUUUAGCUCUUAGGGUUACUUUUUAUGCCCCAGUAGAAACCAAAAGGUGUCAUUUAUCUCUGAACAAAUUAAUAUCGAUAAGUCAAGGGUGAUUGCGUUCAUUUCAUAUUCGAUGGCUGAUUACAGCAUAAGGCCCCCAUUAUCUGCUAAAAAUUUCUCUCUUUCACCUACCGAUCAUUCGGUUCCUUGUAAAUUUGUACGAUUAGUUCAAUUAAACAGGGAUUUUGAUGGUUCCUAAAUAUGAUCUAUUGAGGAACAGACGCAUGGAUGUCGUCACUAUAAACAACAUUUCGCUUUUUUAUCUCGUAAAACAAAUAGAUUCCAUGUUGGCGUGGGUCUGUACAGUAAUAGAUCACAGCACCUCGUGUGCCAUUUUUUUCGUUUUUAUCACAUUUUUACGUCAUGUGUGACCUCUUGCGGAACAUACGCAUUGCAGCGUGGAAUGUGUUUGUUUAGCGGGGAAUUUGGUGUUGGGUGUUCCAUCAAGAUAAAACGCUUUAGAUUAGUGGAAAAUACCAUCCGCAAAGUGAAAUCCCUGCAAAAAAUUACAGUGGACACUCAAGUCAUGCGACACUUAAUCUUCAAACUCGAACUCACUUGAAAAUAACAAUAUACAAAUAUCUACCGUGUCUUUCCUCGCUGUAAAUUUUAAAAGUAUUUAGAUGUGGAAAUUUUGUUUCCUUUCUUGCUUAUGUGCUGCAUAGUUAGUCGAAGUUUCAGUUAUUCCGAACCGCAAAAAUUGUUCUUUCAAGACGCAAAAAAUUCCUUACCUGAACGAUAUAAUUCCCGCGGAAUAAUCAAGUCAGCGGUUUAAGCUUUUUAAAGCUUAAAAGUCGCACCUGUUUCCUUGCCUUAUCAGGCCUGUGUUCUUAUCAAUAUUAAGUGAAUAUCCGGUUCAGCCAUUCCCUGAAAAAAAUUUUUUUCUCGUUUUUUUUUUUUUUACUCGUGGAGUUAACUGAUAAACGCAAGUUAGCAAUGAUUAAUUAGCAAUGUACCAUACAAGUACACCAAGCAACUGUGCCUUAGAAAGAAUUUCACUCCGAAAGUUAUCAUUAUUGUGACUCGUGUAAUCAUAAAAAUUGCAAUUUCCUCGAUAGUGGUCGGUUUAAAAAAACUCCUGUUUUCCACCUAUCCACUUGCCAAGUUAUUGCUGGACAACUUGUUUUCGAACAGGUCAAUAAACCAAUCACAUUCAAAGUUUCGCUUUAAAUCAACCAAUCGCAACAUUGGUUUCAAUCACCUUAACAGUUAACGCCUCCUUUGUCAGUCUUUCAGUGCAAAUUUUCCCUCCUAACUUUUAUGCAUUUAUAUAGAAAUAUACGAGGUCAUUUUAACGAGCAAUUGUGGUGAAUAGUUUGAGGCAGUGAGAUUUAGUGAGUUUAAAUAAAGGAUUUUAAAAUUUAAAUUUCGAGUGCGUCUUGUGUGCGGUUUUUUUUUUUAAUCGCGGGGUGCGGAAUAUCACCUGAAGCAUUCUGGAAUUGAUGAAAACGAUGUGGAAAUCGAAUUUAUCGACCAAGACUAUUUACCUUUGGCUCGCGAGUCAGAAGAAGAGAUUGACUCCGAUGAUUUUGCAGAAUCUAGUGGGGAUGAGUCUGAAGAACUGGAAAGUGAGGAUGAUGAAGACCUAGAGGAGGAAGAAGAAGUACCGGCAUGGAGCGAAGAAAUAACAAGAAGGGAUGAUAUUGAUUUCAGUGAACUCGCGGGAUUGGCAGCAAAUGUAAACAUUAGAUCUUUGACAUUGAGCAAAGGGUUUUUUGAUCUGUUCUCCACUGCUCAGGUAUAG